GAUUCACUCUCAGUAAACUCACAUUUCCACCCACUAAUUCCCCACCUCCCUUCUUCCCAAGUCUAAGUCUUUUCUCUCCAACAUCAACAUGGUUUCUUCUAAUUGUGCACCCACAUGUAGUAAUGGCACUACAACUGCAGGCAAUAACAACAAUAACAACAACAACACUGAUCAAACUACUGCCCCACCUUUGUACUUCAGUAAUAGUGAGAAGUUGAGGUUGUCAAAGAAAGAAGGCCGUUCCUCAACAACUUCUUCUCCUCUCAUCAAGAAUUCUUCUUCUUCUUCUUCCACUCAGAGAAAGUGUGCUUUUGCUAGAAAGUGUGCUAGGCUGGUCAAAGAGCAAAGGGCUCGUUUCUACAUCAUGAGGCGCUGUGUCAUAAUGCUCAUAUGCUGGCAUGAGUACAAUGAUUCAUGAAACACACACACAACAAAAAGUUCCAACACAAAAAGGAUCCGCCAAAUACCAAGUUAAAAAAAGUUCUCUUCUUUUCUUUUCUUUUCUUCCCUAAGUCCCUCUUCUCUUUGUAUGAGAUCCUUCUUGUUGGCAUGAGCUUUUUCUUGGAGUCAACAACUGUACAUAGAAAUUUCUCUUUUUUCUUUUUUUUUUUAUAAAAAAAAGUGUCUUCUCUUCUGGGCUACAAUUGUUUAAUCAUGGUUUUUUGUUAGGUUGAGGUUUGAAUUUCCAUUGAAGGAGGUUCAUCUUCAUGGUUGUGGUGGUGUUUUUAAGUUUAAUUUCUUGUCUACCUGAGAAUAGAGCAGAUAUAUGGUACAUUAGAAUUGAGAAAUUAAUUGAAAUAUAUAAUUCAGCUUAAAAAUUUAACUUGCUUUUUUUA